UGCAGCUUGGAUUGUACCUGUGAGGUCAGGUGUUUACAAUCUACUCAGGUUGUGCCAGCCCCACUAAGGCGAUUUUUGUGGGUCAUUUAGGAAGUGUUGUGUAAAAAACAGCUGGCUCACAUUUGGGAUCUUCUCACUGACAGUUAAUGGUCUUAGGACUUGACUAGCUUUGUGGCUCCGGAUCAUCAUCAUAAAUCCUGACACAGUGCUGGCAGCACUACAUAAUAUCCAAAUUCCUUGAAAUGAUUCAUAUAUCUUCAUUACUUCUCAUAUAGGAGGAGAAGUACAGUAUGACCUGGAUUUUGUCUCUAAAGAUGUUAAAGCUCCUGUUCUCCAGCAUGCAGUUUUUGGCUCUGAGGAAUCCCGUAGGGAUGCGCCAGGGAAAGUUAAAUCGUGGAGGAGGAUAUAUCAGCCUGUGCUUGGCGGAGUAUUAGGGAGACUACGAUCUCUCUCGGGAUAGAGGAUUUUGUGCUCAAUCAGACAGAACGGAGAGAUAAAAGUUGAACAAGAGGACACACAGCUGCAGCCCGAUCUCUGCAUCAUCACAAACACUGAGACAGAACUGGAGUCCUCAUGUUAUUAAUUAAAGCGCAGUUGCAUAGAUAUCAACCAUGGUACCUAACCGGAGAUUGGGUCUGUCCCAUCCUUGCUGUAUUAGCCUGCUUUUCUUACUACUCCUGCCCAGCUCAGUUUCAGUGAGAGAACCUCGCCACCAGUCCCAUGCCCACCUCCCUUCACUGAUACCUCACGCCACUCAUCCACUGUCCCGUUCCAGCUUUAGCGCCAAAGCUCAACUGGACCUCACCACUCACUGCAAUGAAAGCUGCUACCACAAAGGAGAAGACACAGAUAAAGAACACCUAACUGAGCAGCUAGCUUUCGAAACACUUUAUGCAGAUGGCUCCCGUACUUUAACCACUGUUGACUUGGAUGAAAAUGACAAUGCUGUUGAUGCUGAACCUCAUUUCAGGUGGCCUAAAGUAGCACCUUCCAGACAUAAGCGGCUCAAACGGCAAAUUUAUGGUUCUGAUGGGCGCUUUAAUAUUCGUGGUGACCACUUCUUGCUGGACUACCCAUUCUCCACAGCCGUUCGCAUUUCCACUGGUUGCACUGGUGUUCUGGUGUCUCAGCAACAUGUUCUUACUGCAGCCCACUGUGUACAUGAUGGGAAAGACUAUGUUAAAGGAGCAAGAAAACUUAGGGUAGGCUUUCUACUCACUCCUUUUGUUAACAACACAAAGCCUGGUCAGGCUCCUGUAAAGAAACCUUUGGUGCGCUGGGUGAGAGUGAAACGGACCCGGGUACCUAAAGGUUGGAUCCAAGGUCCCCAAGAGGUCAGCAUGGAUUUUGACUAUGCACUUUUAGAGUUACGCUGGCCUCACAGACGCCCUUUUAUGCGACUGGCUGUGGCACCCACAUCAGACCAUUUGGCUGGUAAACGCAUCCACUUCUCUGGAUUUGACAGUGACCGGCAUGGGGAACUGGUGUACCGCUUCUGUCCAGUGGAAGAUGAGUCCAACGAUCUGAUCUACCAGCACUGUGAUGCCCGCCCAGGGGCGAGUGGCUCUGGGGUUUAUGGACGUGUUUGGGACAAUACUUUAGAGCGCUGGGAGCGCAAGGUCAUUGGCAUCUUCUCUGGACACCAGUGGCUGGAAAUCAAUGGCGAGAAUCGUGACUACAACGUGGCGGUUCGAUUUACUCCACUAAAGUUUGCUCAGAUCUGUUACUGGGUUCAUGGAAAUAAGGUGGACUGCAGUCAAAACUGAAUACAUGAAGAUGAUGAGAUAGAACAAGCAGCAGAAUACAAGAAUGAUAUUUGAAUGGACAAAAUAUGACGCCUGAUUUGGAUACCUGCACUUUACAGUGUCUUUUUUUUACGGGUGUGGCUACUGAAUUUGGGACAACUGCUAGUAGAUCACAACCCACAGGCUAUGAUCACUCUUUAUUUCACUUGGGUUAGAUCUCAGAGCUGGAACUUGAUUCAACCACUAUCUUUACUUUUUGCUUAGUAUACUACCAGUGUUACACAAAGCUUUAGACUCUAGGCCAACAUCACAGCAGAUAUAUCUUAGGUCUUUGCCAAUGUCAAAUAGACAUCUGAUCGUAGUUCGAUGCUUCUCUCACAGGCUUGCUUUGUUCAAAAUACACAUAACAGAAGCUUCUUACUUUUAGAGAGUAGGAUUGGGAUGGAGUCAGGUAAUGUUAGUCUGUGAUGCUAACCUUCUUAUUUCUCAUGACUAAUCACUUGGUCUUUGUUUUUGGUUAACACAAGAUUAACAUACACAGAGUGUUUGUGUAUUUUGUGACUUAGAGGCAGAAGAUUAAUGCUUCCUUAAUUCCCUUCCCUGAGCAUCUGUUUGGUCUCUUUGAACAUUCAAUUUUUUUUUCUUUUUUUUUUUUCUUGAAUAUGAUUACCAAAAUAACACAUAAAAUAGAUUACUGUGAGAUGUAUUAUGGGAGUAGAGCAACGGUAAAUUGAGAGAGCAUAUUAUGAUGUGUAUAUACAGUAUAAUAUAUUUAAAGCAUGGAUGCAAAAAUCUUAUUUUUGAUAGACUUAAAUACAUAAUGUACAUUCUGAUCUAUAAUCAAGUCUUGACUACAAUUGACUCUUCUGCAUUUGCACUAUAAUUUCCAAAAAAGACACACAAUGGUAAUGGUAAAAUUACAGUAUCUAUUGCGAAAUCCUUAGGCUAUCCCUUUUCUUUUGGAUGAAUAUAAAGACUGGACUCUAAGAGAAAGGUUGUGGGGUAAAUGUUGAAUAUAAUUCUAUUUUAAAAAUCUUUAAUUUUAAUAAACUAAAAUAUGUCUGC